AUGGCAGACCGCGAACAUGACAUUGAGGAGGGAAACGAAGCUCUGGACCCGGAGCUCCUAUACUCCAAGGAAUACUGCAUCGGCGGUGGCAGUUUUGGCAAAGUUUACAAAGGAGUCGACAAAAGAACAGGCCAGUCUGUUGCGAUCAAAGUCAUCGACAUUGAAAGCGCCGAAGACGAGGUCGAGGAUAUUAUACAGGAAAUCGCUAUCCUGUCCGAGCUGCAAUCCCCAUAUGUCACCAAGUAUUAUGGAUCUUACGCAAAAGGCGCCGAGUUAUGGAUUGUCAUGGAAUUCUGUUCGGGUGGAAGUUGCGCCGACCUCAUGAAGCCAGGAUUGAUCAGCGAGGAUUACAUCGCCAUUAUUGUGCGAGAGUUGCUUAUGGGAUUGGAUUACCUCCACACGGACAAAAAGCUGCAUCGGGAUGUCAAGGCUGCCAAUGUACUUCUCAGCAGCAACGGUCAGGUUAAACUGGCCGAUUUUGGUGUCUCAGGUCAGCUCUCAGCAACCAUGACCAAGAAGAAUACUUUUGUCGGAACACCUUUUUGGAUGGCCCCAGAAGUCAUUAAGCAAUCUGGGUACGACCACAAGGCCGAUAUUUGGUCUCUCGGUAUCACGGCACUCGAAUUGGCAAACGGGGAACCCCCUUAUGCUGAUAUUCACCCCAUGAAGGUUCUCUUCCUCAUCCCCAAGAACCCUCCACCACGGCUUGAAGGCAACUUUACCAAAGCCUUUAAAGAUUUUAUUGAGUCAUGUCUGCAACGAGAUCCCAAAGAUAGACCAACAGCAAAGGAUAUGCUGCGCCAUCCGUUUAUUAGACGGGCUAAGCGGACAACCUACCUGACUGAACUCAUCGAAAGACACUCGCGCUGGGCAGCUGCACACAAGGGCGAGGAUGAUGAUAACUGGGAAUCCGUCAACGAUGGUCGACCUCCCGCAGAACGCGAGCGAGUCGACGAGGAUAUGUGGGAUUUCGGCACCGUUAGACUUGUUGGAGACCGAGGGGGUAUUGUCAACCGACCGGGCCUUAAUAUCUUGGAUGAAAAUGCGACGAAUGCUCGUGCAUCCCGACCUCUGGAAAGUGAAGAGGAUUAUGGUGAGCAACGACGCGAAGCCAGUCCGAUGAAGCGAGAUUUUGCACUUCAGCCGCUUGAAACUGUCAAAGCACCCAACUCGAGACAGUCAAGCCCACAACGAAAGGCCGUCCCACAGUCACAGUACCAACCGCCACUGUCACCUACAAGAGCGUUGCCACAAACACCUUUGAAGAUGCCUGCCAGAGAUAGCGCAGAUACUCCUCGACCGUUGAGAUCAGUACACGCACCGGUGCCCGAGUCCCCAGAGUAUGAUCGCGAGCUCCAAAAUGAAUUGCAGCGUGAUAUCGGCAUGCUCAACUUGGGCUAUGAGCCAAAGGAGAGCAUGAGUCCUCAACCAUCACAGAGACCACCUGCUCCGCCGGCGCAUUUAACACGACCAACAACUACCAAGCAAAUGAGCCUGCCAGAAAUACCUCCAUACAGACCUAGCCAGGCUGUUUCGCAGCAAAGAAUGCCAUCGUUACAGCACGCUUCUACACCUCAGGUUCUUGUACCUCUUCCCGGAGGAGCUCAGGGUCCUCGGCCUCUUCCUUCAAAGAACUCACCAAGCCCAUCCGACUUUACUGCCCCUUCUGCUUUCCCUACGCCUUCGCCAGCCAACCCCAACGGCGAGCUGGAUGCACUUAACGAUGUGAUCUUUCCAGCACUUGAAGAGGCGCUUAAGCGGCGACAGAUCAACCUUCAGCAAGUGUAUAAGCCUGGACAGAACCCAGCUCAAAUCCCUCCUCAACAGCAACGAGCAGAAGCUGCGCAUGAAAAGUUGAGGAAGCUGGUCUACAAGCUUGCACAUGUCUGCAAAGAGAUUGAUCAUUACGACAAGGCCGAACCUGUUGGAAUGGGUAGAGAGGUUGGUAGUUUCCUUGAGGGACUUCUUGAAGAGAUCUUGGUACGAGUUGAGCCUCUGGAUGAGGAUGAAGAUGUACAGAGUUAG